GCGAAGCAAUCGCGGAUAUGUAUGCAACUCACACCGCCACGGCCAAGCAACAAGGAAGAAGCCUGAGAAAAAGAUUUCUCGUGUCGAACGAACAUGGACGAACCCUCAAUCACGGCGCUCAAAGCAGCCUUCCUCCGCUCCCAGAUCCGCCUGCUCGAAACGCCGCUGGAGCCGUCGACGCAAUGGCGCGACAUCCUGCCCGAGCCCGAGGAGGGCCGCCUCAGCGACAAAUUGAUCCAGGAUCUCGUUGCCAAAGUCAACGAGAAAGUCAAGCAGCACAACCGCCUCAUCUUCUCGACGCAGUCGCAGCGCCACGUCGCCGAGCAGAUCGAGUCGCUGCACUGGGCGCUCGCGGCCGCGGACUCGGAGCGCGCGGACCUCGACACGGUCGGCGUCCGCAGGGACGCCGACCUGACCGACUCGGAAUUCAUCGCUUCGCUGCCCCAAGACUAUGACGCGCUCCAUCUACACCCUGGCCACGAACACCGGGCAGAACAAGAGGAGGAGGGCGAGGAGGAGGAGCGAGGAAGAGAUGACAACGGAAUACGGUACACCCGCAUGCGCGAGGAGCUGCUGUCCCUCAGCCAGCAGAGGGACGCGCUGAAGGGGAGACUCGCGCAGUACCGGCACCUCCAGAGACUGACGGAGCCGCUGCGCGAGCCGCAGGUGAAUAUCCAGCCAAACCUCAUCACGCGGUUAGGCGAGUUGGAAAAGCAAAUGGGCCGGACGGGGGUUCUGGUGGAUCGAGUCACGGCGCGGCUGGAAGAGAUGGGCAAGAUAAAGAGGCCUCGUCUGGAGGACCAGCCAAAAGCGCCGCAGACGGACCAGGAGAAAUUGGCACAAGUAAUGGGACGGGGCAAACUCGGUUGAAAAAAAAAGGUUCUUGGUGAAGUCCGUCUGAAUCCAAAGGCAGCCCAUGUUGGUACAUCAUCCAUCCGCAUCGUGCGUCAACGGGCUCUUACAUACCCAGGACGCCAUGACGUGCAAAGGUCCCCGCCUCAGUCCCAAAAUCGGAAAUCAUUCAUCAUCAGCCUCCUCCACCGUCGGAGCAACAUGUCGCUUAGCCGCAGUCGACAUGGUGGCAGGCUCAACUGCAGAUGUGACGGCCGUACCAUUCGAGGGCGCCUGCGCCACGGGAGCCACGUCUUUCUCACCUCCGCCGGCAGAAGCAGCGAGCUUUUUCUGAGCCUUCCGGGCCUUCUUCUCCUUUUUCUUGCGCUUGAUGUCCUCCUUGGUUUCAUGCCACCCCCACAGCGGUCGGAAACUAUCGAAAAAGCCAACGUCUUCGAAGAGGUUGGGAUAUAACCACAGGCCAGGCGGAGCCAGGAAGAAGGUGAUGACGAAGAGGAUCAGGCGGAAGAUGGCCAUGGCAAAGAACAAGCCAAUCAACCCCAUCAUGCCGACCGAGAGAUACCACACGCCUUGUCUCAGGACAAGCGGCCACAGUGGGAAGAGCACGGCUGCGAAGACCAGCACCAGAACCAGGGCUGCCCACAUUUUAGUCUUCCACUGUGACCCCUCGUACAGCCAGACAUAAUGCAUCAUAGGGUCAAAGUCUUGUUGUUGCUCGAUCUUGACUUCCCACAAUCCCUU